GGAAGCCGGCUUGGGCAGGGUUGCAGCCUGAUCCCGGGAUAGAGGGUUGCCGGUGAAGAGGAUUGAAGAGGAGUGAGGAGGCCGGGGAGGCAGGCUGUGAGGUCCUUGUUGAAGGCCUGCAGUCUGCUGGCAGUGGAGAACCAGGCCACCCAGGAAAGAAAGGGGUUAGGUCGACCUGAGCCAUAAUAGAUUUCAGUCGCCAUGUGGGAGCUGUAGACGCUUUUACAAUCCUGGGCUGGCCUGUUUGGAGCAGGCCUUUUGUGAGGAGAGUUAACCAAAACUCCCAAGUUAGAGCCACGUGCCAGACACCUUAGGGUUAGGGCGCCAGCACCUUUGGGGAGGUCUUAGAAAAUGAGUGGGUAGGGGUCUUUUCCAUCCCCUAGCCGGAUUGGCGCGUUAGACGCUUGUAGAUCCAAGGUUGGAUUGGGGAGGGGUCUCCAGGACGUUAGAUUUCUACGCAAGGAUUGGGGGAAUUCAAGUGCUUUGAGAUCUGAGCCAGGCCUUGGGUAGGGGGAGUCAGACAAUUGGAAAGCCUAGGUGGUUAUUUGGGGAGGGGUCUUUGCGCUUUGGUGGAGCGCAAAAUUGUGCCUUAAAAGCCUAAGGCCUUGUCAAGAGAGGUUUCUAUGCAAGAGUGGACCAGCUAGGCCAGACCAAGACAAAGAAAGUGAAAAAUCAGGACUAUAAAGGGGUGGGGGACCCUGAGAGGGUGAUCACAAAGGGUGAGACAUGGCCACCAGGCGUUUAACCGACGCUUUCUUGUUGUUGCGGAAUAAUUCCAUCCAAAACCGGCAGCUGUUAGCCGAGCAAGUGAGUAGUCACACCACCUCCAGCCCUCUGCAUUCACGUAGCAUUGCUGCGGAGCUGGACGAGCUGGCUGAUGACCGCAUGGCGCUGGUGUCAGGCAUCAGCCUAGAUCCAGAAGCAGCAAUUGGCGUGACAAAGCGGUCCCCUCCAAAGUGGGUGGACGGAGUAGACGAAAUACAGUAUGAUGUUGGCCGCAUUAAGCAGAAGAUGAGGGAGUUAGCCAGCCUUCAUGAUAAGCAUUUGAACAGACCCACGCUGGACGACAGCAGCGAGGAGGAACAUGCCAUCGAGAUCACUACCCAGGAGGUCACACAGCUCUUCCAUAGGUGCCAGCGUGCUGUGCAGGCCCUGCCCAGCCGGGCACGAAGGGCGUGCUCGGAGCAGGAAGAGCGGCUACUGCGGAAUGUGGUGGCCUCCCUGGCACAGGCCCUGCAGGAGCUGUCUACCAGCUUCCGGCAUGCACAGUCUGACUACCUGAAACGCAUGAAAAACCGAGAGGAAAGAUCGCAGCAUUUCUUCGACACCCCGGUACCACUAAUGGAUGAUGGAGAUGAUGCUGCUCUGUAUGGUCAGGGUUUCACGGAUGACCAGCUGGUGCUGGUGGAGCAGAACACACUGGUGGUGGAGGAGAGGGAGCGAGAGAUCCGUCAGAUUGUACAGUCCAUUUCAGACCUCAACGAAAUCUUCAGGGAUUUGGGCGCCAUGAUCGUGGAGCAGGGCACAGUCCUUGAUCGAAUUGACUAUAAUGUUGAACAGUCCUGUGUUAAGACCGAAGAUGGCUUGAAGCAGCUGCACAAGGCAGAGCAAUACCAGAAGAAGAACAGGAAGAUGCUUGUGAUCUUGAUACUGGUGGCCGUCAUCGUCGUCCUCAUUGUGGUCCUCAUCGCUGUUAAGUCUCGCUAGUGGCACCGAGUUCUUGAGAGCGCUGCUGCAUGGAGUAGCUGGGCGCUGGGCUCGGCUGGCGCCCCACCACUGAACUGUCUUCAGAGCACAGCCUCCUGGCCACAGUGGGCAGUGGGUCUCCCUUGGGCCCCCUCUGACUGCAGACUGGUGUGCAGGCACAGCCGUGUUUUCCUUCGCUGUCCAGAGUCGAAGAGACUGGCCUGCGACGAGCUGUGCUGUGAACGGAGUGGCAGGCACAGGCUUCGCUGAUGCUGGAUGAUGUGUGCAUGCUCUCUGUUAGCACUCCUGUCUGAGCAGCAUGUUGAGUAAUUUUUGGGAAAUUUUUUUCAACCAUCUGGUUUUUAAGAAGUUUGGUACCAAAAAUUUAUCAGUGUAGAGGCAAUGCCUCUUUAUCUUCCCAGCUGAAAACAAAGCAAGAAGUCCUUCAAGGAUUUAUAAUCUGUUCCCGUUAACUUAAUUUAGCUUUCCAUCACUGUUAACGAUCAGAGUAACAAAGUGUGAAAAAUAAGAAACCAUCAUUGAUGUUAAUUAACACAUUUAGACGGGCCAGCUAAACCAGCUCCAUGCCUUUAAAUCAACUGUAAAUAGCAUAUUCCUCAUUCAGAAUUUUGCCCUGCAUUUUCUAUAUAAACCAAGAGGGGUUACUAAGCCAAGCCUCCUGAAUCAUAAACUUGGCCAUUUGAACCAACCUCACAUUACAAGAAAGCUCAACAGUGUCACAAGCGAGGUUGGACCAGUGUGUCCCCAGCCACCCUUCCUCAGUUCAUUACUUAUGUUCUAGCUACGUAAUGACCUGUCCAAACUUGACGCCAUUUAAUGAACUGUGACUUUACACAGAGGCCAUUUUAAAUGGGUCACCCCAUUUAGGAUUAGUGGAUCUCAAAUUAUUAACCAAACAUCACUCCAUUUCAAAGUAAAAUAUUCCUCCCAUGAUUUGAUUUAUUGACUCCUCCGUUGCCACUUAGCCGUGCCCAAAAAGUGGGUAUAUUCCCGAGGACAGUAAGGACCUCAACUACCGAAACCUUAUGUAUACGUGUGUUCUGAGUUUCUGUGCGUGCAUAUGUGCGUGUGUGAGCGAGUAUGUGUGAGCAAGCGUAUCACAUGCAUAUCAGAUGCCAACGUGGGGCUGUGUUUACCUGUAACUACGGUGCUUGUGUGCUCUGCAGAGCCAGAGCCAUACGGACCAGACGGACGGAGCUCUGAAGACGAGGGUGUGCGUAUCUCACUUGCUCUGUUUGCAUCAACACUGCUGGAAUUUUCGUGAUCUUUGUGUAAUUGUUGAUGGCUUUUAAAAACUGUCUCUGCCUCUCUUAAAUUAUUUAAACAGCA